GCCACCCUGAGGGCCAGAGACGCCUGAGCCCCUUCUCCUCCUCCUCCUCCCGGCUGAGACCAUGAGCCACCCGCCCUGGAGCUACUCCGGCAAGGAGAAAGGGCCUGAUCGCUGGCAUGAAUCGUAUCCAUUUGCCAGAGGGAAUAAUCAGUCACCUAUUGCAAUCAUUACUAAGAAUGUCCACAAAGACCCUAUUCUAUUGCCUUGGUUUACUGGUUAUGAUCCAGGUGCAUCUAAGUCCAUAAAGAACACGGGAAAAACUUGCCGUAUUGCAUUUGAUGACACGUUUGAUCGCUCAGUACUGAGGGGAGGACCACUUCCAGGAAUUUAUAGGCUGCGUCAGCUGCACAUCCACUGGGGUUCUACAGAUGACAAAGGUUCAGAGCAUGUUGUGGAUUUACAAAGGCACGCGGGAGAGAUUCAUUUGGUGCACUGGAAUCCCAAGUAUAGCAAUUAUCUCGAUGCUUUGAGAAAAAAUGAUGGUGUGGCUAUAAUGGGUAUUUUUUUGCAGGUAGGGAAAACUCCCAAACCAGAGAUGAAAAGAAUUCUUGAAGAACUAGAUGCCAUUAAGACAAAGGGGAAGGAGGUUCCUUUUCUAAACUUUGAUCCGUCCAUUCUUUUCCCUCAAAAUCGGAGCUACUAUACCUACCAAGGUUCCUUCACGACACCGCCCUGUGAGGAGUGUGUUACCUGGCUUCUCCUGAAAGAGCCUUUAAUUGUCAGUGCAGAACAGAUGGCAAAGCUUCGUAGCCUUUCUAGCAAUGCUGAAAAUGAACCUUACUGUCCUUUGGAGGACAACUGGAGGCCUCUUCAGCCAAUCAAUCACAGGAUGGUCCGGAGUCCAUGCCAAUAGAAUAUUUGUUGAAGGUCAUCAUUUUAAGUUGUGAUAAUCUUAAGAUUCUACACUGAUGUUGUGUACCAUCCGUGCUGUUGAGUCAGAAAUUCUGUGCAAUGAAACAGGACAAGUUAAUAAACACAUCUAACCUGUAGAGCAGUGCUACUCAAAGUGAUGUCAUUUGGACAACUUGGUCAGUCCAUGAGCCAUUGGCUGCUGGUGCCUCGUGAGUCUCCAGAAAAGACAGGGGAAAAAACCUGUAGCCAAUGGACAUAAAUAUGGUACAAGUCCUUGACACAUUGGGGGGGAAACAAUUGCAGGCCUCUGACAACAGGGAACUUGAGAUGCACUGCUGUAGAGGACACUAAAUAAAUAAUUACUCUGGGAAAAUAUAAUCUCUUUAUUAAAUUGUUGAAUCUGUGCGAUCUUAAGUAAUGCUAGAAUUUCUUAGGAAGAUAUAAUUCUAUAAAAUAAAAGGGUUCUUGAAUUGUAUUUAAAAGAGGUCAGAUUCUUUUGUCACAGGGUCCUUUCAUACUAUAGAGUUAUAAUGUUGUGAUGGUCUUAAUGCUCAUGGCAAUAUCCUAUGAAAUCUUAGGAACUGCAGUUUAGGGAAGCAUAUUUAGAUUUUUCAGCCAGAAAGCAAUAGUACCUCACCAAACUACAGACACCAGGAUUCCAGAGGAUGUUGUCAUGACAAAGUGGAAUCAUAACACUGUCAUUGUGUGGUCUGAAUGGACCUUUAUCUCCAAAAUAGGUUUAGCAUCCUGGAUAUCUCCUUCUGAAUUUGGACUAAAACCCAGAGUGGAUUCAUCACCCUAUGGACAUGGAAGCCAAUAUCUGCCACAGGUCUAGGGGCUGCACACUGCCUCAGCCGGAGAUCUGGGAGGGCUAAGCUUUCCCACCAUACCCCCAUUCAGAUUAGUUUUACUCAAAACACCCAGCGUCCUCUAGGAAGUCUGUGGGCAAUUUCACCACGUUUUAGGCACAGACUGCACUCUUUUAAACUAGGAAGAGAUUUAUUAAACAAAGAAGUUACAGACAGUUUUUAAACAUAGUCUAAAAGUACCAAUGGAAGGGGACAUAGUGACACUACCUAGAUGCACCCUAGAGGAUUACUGAAGCAUUUUGCGUUGAUCUUUGUAAUUUUAGUGGAGGGCUCUUGUGGGGUCUCAAAAAUGCCUCUAGGUGCCACACAUGACCUAUGGACUUACGACUUUUCCUACUCUUCAAUUAUAGGAUUGCAUUAUCAGACUUCUAUAUCCUAAUCCUAUAUGAGGCAAAUCAUGUGGACUUCAGAAGUUACUGGACUGCAAGUCUCAGCGGCCAGCAUAGCCACUGGUGAGGAAUGCUGGGAACUGCAGUCCAACACCAAGAGGACACAUGAUUCCUGCUGUCUUCUGUACCCAGGAUUAAUUUUAAUGGGAUAUAAUCAUGAGCAGACAUGUAUAAGAGUGUGCUAGUAAAUAACCAAAAUGUUAAGUAAAAGAACAAUAUAUCAAGAAAACACUGUAUCAGUUCCCCUGACCAAACCAAAUUGAACUUAUAACUUCAAAAUAGAGUAUAGAAUAGGAUAAAGAACUUUUAUUUUCUUGUACAAGUGUACAUUUUUCUGCUAUGAAUCUUUUCAGGAAUUUAAUAUUGAAAUAAUAUUGGUGAUUACCAAUCAGAUUGUUGUUCUGGGGAGAGGAUGUUACAGUUUACUUAAUUUUCAGUUUUACUGUAUUACUUUUCUGAUGUGUCAAAAAGUCAUAUUUUCUGCUCUUAUUCUUACUGUGUUAUUUUGCAAUUCACUUUGUAUCUGUGAAAUUGGUUCGCAUUCUAUUCAGGGCUGCUAAGUGAGAUGGGAUGAAAUUUCCUAACAUUAUGAAGUUUUGAUGGGGGGAUUUAUUUCAGUUUUGAAUUGUUCAGAUGAACUCUGAAAGGGGAAAAAUUAUAAAUUCACACUCUUAAACACCAGCAUUAAGAUUUUUGACAUAGAACUUUUGUACCAGUACUUUGCAGAUCUUAGAAUAUUGUUUUCUAAUUUUAAACAUGGUAUCUAUGAUUUCUCUUUCAAAUUUCCAAAAAUGAUAGCUACAGUUUUUAAUAACUGCAAUCAGUUUAGGCUGGAAUCCUAUUAGUGUACUAUGCCAGAGUAACUAUUCCAAAAGAGGAAAAAGGUAUCAGCCUAUCUGUGGUAGGAGAAAGACAUUGGAGGACUUGUCUGCACUGCAGAAAUAAAGCAGUUUGACACCACUUUAACUGCAAUGGUCCAAUGCUAUGGAAUUCUGGGAUUUGUAGUUUUGUGAGAUAUUUAGCCUUCUCUGACAGAGAGCUCUGGUGCUCCACCAAACUACAAAUUCAAGAAUUCCAUGGCAUUGAGCCAUUGCAGUUAAAGUGGUAUCAAAUUGCAUUAUUUCUGCAGUGCAGAUGCAACCAGAGAAAUAGUCUAUGGGAAGCUUGUGGAUGCUAUAUUCCCGCACCACCCUGUAGAUGCAGCUGCUAACACAGUGCACCAAAAAAGUUCCAGCUGAUAUUUUAAAAUUGUAGUCAUUUGAAAAACUUUUUCAAAAUUUAUAAUGAAAAUAUCAAUUGGCUUUUUUUUGGGGGGGGAUCUUAAAUUGUUAAUAAAAUAUUUGCUGCGGGAGUUGUUUUUUUCUUCUUGCGCUGGGAUCCUGCUUCUUAGUAUGAUCAGUUCAGUAUUGUCUGAUGGUAAUAUACUUGCUUUUGUAAAACAAGAAAAAUAAAUCUAUUUAUCUCUGAA